AUGAGCGCGAUGGACACCGAUGAAGUCUCCGUGGUCUUGCCAUCGACCACACAAUCUGGUCUCUCACUCUCGCUUCAUCCCCUGCCGAUCUUGAAUGUAUCAGAGCAUUUGACGCGGUUGAAGCUGCAAAGGAAUAAACCAGAACCUUUUGUUCUUGGUGCACUCCUAGGAACCCAGAACGGGCGUGAAGUGGAGAUCGUGAACACGUUUGAACUCGCGAUAGUUGACGAUAGUAACGACCUGGUAGAUCAUGAAUUUCUUGUUUCUCGACGUGAUCAAUACAAGCAAGUUUUCCCAUCCCUAGAGUUUAUUGGAUGGUAUACUGUCGCGCCUCGACCCACAGCGCGUCAUAUCGCGCUCCACGAACAAUUUACGGGAUACUGCUCCACCCCUCUCCUUCUCAUGCUCACACCGACGCUUGCUUUGGUAUCAAGCGCAGAUGUCAACGCACAAACUCUCCCGUUCAAGGCGUACGAGCCAACCAUUGAACUCAGGGACCGAAAAUCGCGAUCAGUGUACAUCGAGGUGCCAUAUAAUGUAGAGACUGGGGAGGCAGAACGUAUCGCUGUGGACUGGACAGCAAGAGGAGGUGGCAGUGGCACGAGUCUGGAGUCCCAUCUGCAGACGCAAAGAUCUGCAGUGAAAAUGUUGCACGAGCGUAUUUUGGUUCUCGUCAAAUAUGUCACCGACGUCAUUGCAGGUCAAGCUCGUCCCGAUCAUGCGAUACUUCGUUCUCUGGCCGCUCUGGCUGCAUCUUUGCCUGCAUCGGAGAACAAGUACUUCAGAGAAGAGUUUGACACUGAAUACGAAGACGUUCAACUAACCGCCUACCUGUCGUCCCUUACAAAAUCAAGCAACAUCUUGAACGAUCUCGUAGACAAGCACAUUUUGAUGACGGCUGGUAAAGAGGAGCGAGGAGGCCCACGUCGACGGAUGGGGAGGCAGGGUGCUCCUGGUGAUUGGGACCGCUUCCACUGA